GAGAGGAACGGCGAGGCACGGAGGGGCGCGCGCACAUGUGCGAGUGUGUUUGAACCAAUGAACGCGUACGCGCGCGCCAUUGGCUCACCAGCAGCCGGAGUGGCAGUGUGCAGACGGGCUCGAGUCGGAGCAUCAGGGCCAAGUUGCGCAGAGAUGCAGCGUACGUAGACGCAGCACGCGGGCACACCACCGCGGCUCUUCCCCGAUAUCAUGGUUUAAACACCGUUAAGAUAGGUUGUUGUGGGUUUUAUUUUAUUUUUUUAAUGGCGGCGCUGAAGUCGAGGUGAUCCGCUCGCCAGCGGGAGUAUAGUGCGCACUCCUUUUUUUUGUGCCGGGGCUAGUAGCCAACGCAGAUAAAUCCGCACUAUUAUUAUUUUUUCUUCUACCUGCUGUUGCAUAAGGAAUCAUGACAACGGGACAGGAUGAAAGCUCUGUCCGUGUGGCAUUGAGGAUUCGUCCUCAGCUGGCCAGGGAGAAGAUUGAGGGAUGUCACAUCUGUACGUAUGUGAUGCCUGGAGAGCCCCAGGUGAUCCUGGGGAAAGACAAGGCCUUCACCUAUGACUUUGUGUUUGAUAUGGACUCGCAGCAGGAGACCAUCUACGGUACCUGCACAGAGAAGCUGAUCGAAGGCUGUUUCGAGGGCUACAAUGCCACUGUGUUUGCAUAUGGACAGACUGGUUCAGGGAAGACGUACACCAUGGGGACUGGCUUCGAUGUCAACAUAGCAGACGAAGAGCUGGGUAUCAUCCCCCGUGCUGUCCACCACCUCUUCAAGGGCAUUGAAGAGCGCCGGCGGACCGCCCAGGAGCAGGGACGUCCUGUACCAGAGUUUAAAAUCAAUGCACAGUUCCUCGAGCUUUACAACGAGGAAGUUCUGGACCUCUUUGACUCAGCUCGAGACAUGAAGCAGAAAUCUCACAUUAAGAUCCAUGAAGAUGCCAACGGUGGAAUCUACACAGUGGGAGUGACCACACGGACGGUGUCCUCCGAAGCUGAGAUGAUGCAGUGCCUGAAACUGGGGGCUCUGUCUCGCACCACAGCCAGCACUCAGAUGAACGUCCAAAGCUCCCGAUCUCAUGCCAUCUUCACCAUCCACCUGUGCCAAGUCCGCGUCUGUGCCUCUGACAAUCAAGAAAAUGACACUGAUAAUCGAGUCACCAACGGUAACUCUGAGAUGGACGAGUAUGAGACACUGACGGCCAAGUUUCACUUUGUGGACUUGGCCGGUUCGGAGCGGCUGAAAAGAACCGGAGCGACGGGUGAUCGAGCCAAAGAGGGCAUCUCCAUUAACUGUGGACUGCUCGCCCUGGGGAAUGUAAUCAGUGCUCUGGGUGACCGGAGCAAGCGGGCCUCACAUGUGCCUUACAGAGACUCCAAACUCACCCGACUCCUGCAGGACUCAUUAGGAGGAAACAGCCAAACAGUGAUGAUUGCAUGCAUCAGUCCAUCUGACCGUGACUUCAUGGAAACUUUGAACACAUUAAAGUACGCGAACAGAGCGCGGAACAUCAAGAACAAGGUGAUGGUGAACCAGGACAAGGCCAGCCAGCAGAUCAGCGCUCUGAGGACGGAAAUAGCUCGACUGCAGAUGGAGCUCAUGGAGUACAAGACGGGUAAACGUUUGGUGGGUGAGGACGGUGUGGAAAGCUUGAGUGACAUGUUCCACGAAAACUCCAUGCUGCAGACAGAGAACAGCAACCUGAGGGUGAGGGUGAAGGCCAUGCAGGAGACCAUCGAUGCCCAGCGGGCACGACUCACCCAGCUGCUCAGUGACCAGGCCAACCAGAUUCUCGCCCGUGCAGGUGAAGGAGGCACAGAGGAAAUUGGAAACAUGAUUCAGAGUUACAUUAAAGAGAUUGAAGACCUUCGGGCAAAACUCCUGGAGAGCGAGGCUGUCAGUGAGAAUUUGAGGAAGAAUCUGUCCCGUGCCUCCAACCGUCAGUCGUUCUUUGGAGGGUCCAGCUCCUUUUCCUCCACUCUUCUGGCCCCCGAGAAGGAGACUGCUGACAUUAUCGAACUCGCUAAGAAAGAUCUGGAGAAACUGAAGAAACGAGAAAAGAAGAAGAAGAAAAGCGUCAACAAAGAAGAAGUUCCUGACAAUGAGCAAGAAAAGGGUACAGAGAAGGAAAUGACAGAGAGGGCCAGUGAGGACACGGAAAUGGAGGUCCAGGAUGGCAGUGACCAUGAGGAGGGAGAGGAAGAGGAAGAAGAGGAGGAGGAAGAGAUGGAUGUAGAGGAGAGCUCUGAUGACUCUGACUCAGAGUCAGAUGAAAAAGAGAAUUACCAGGCAGAUCUGGCCAACAUCACCUGUGAGAUUGCCAUCAAGCAGAAGCUGAUUGAUGAACUGGAGAACAGCCAGCGGCGUCUACACACACUGAAACAGCAGUACGAACAGAAGCUGAUGAUGCUGCAGUGCAAGAUCCGAGACACCCAGCUGGAGAGGGACCGCGUCCUCCAAAACAUGAGUUCAGUAGAAACUGGUACAGAGGAUAAGGCUCGCAAAAUCAAGGCUGAAUAUGAGAAGAAGCUGAGCAUCAUGAACAAGGAGCUUCAAAAGCUCCAGUCGGCCCAGAAGGAGCAUGCCCGCCUACUCAAGAACCAAUCACAGUACGAGAAACAGCUGAAGAAGCUUCAGAUGGAUGUGGCAGAAAUGAAGAGGACUAAGGUCCGUCUUAUGAAGCAGAUGAAGGAGCAACAGGAGAAGAACAGGAUGAACGAGUCUCGCAGAAACCGAGAAAUAGCUUCUUUGAAGAAGGACCAGCGCAAGCAGGAGCAUCAGCUGAAGUUAUUGGAAGCUCAGAAAAGACAGCAGGAGCUUAUUCUGAGGAGGAAGACUGAGGAGGUGACAGCUCUGAGGAGGCAGGUCAGGCCUACCUCGGGUAAGGUGAUCCGAAAGGUCAAUCUUCCAGAACCAGUCCAGGACUCCUCACACAGACCCCCCUCUGGACGCAUGUACUCCUCCAGCAACAGUGCUCCCAAUGGCACCUGGUCUUCUUACAGGCGCACAGGAAGUGUUUACAGCACCAGAAUGGCUCGCAACAAAUGGCAGUCCCUGGAGCGGCGUAUCUCUGAUGUCAUCAUGCAGAGGAUGACCAUCUCUAACAUGGAAACCGACAUGAACCGCCUUCUCAAGCAAAGGGAGGAGCUCACCAAGCGCAAGGAGAAGGUCCUCAGGAAGAAGGACCGGCUGCUCAGAGAGGGGCCAGAGGCAGAGAAGACUGUUCUUCCCAUCAAUGAGGAAGUGGAAGCAUUGACAGCCAACAUUGAUUAUAUUAAUGACAGUAUUGCAGAUUGUCAGGCCAACAUCAUGCAGAUGGAGGAAACCAAGGAGGAGGGUGAUUCUGUGGACGUCUCUGCUGUGAUUGGUUCUUGUACACUGACAGAGGCUCGUUUUCUCCUUGAUCACUUCAUGUCAAUGGCAAUUAACAAGGGCCUGCAGGCAGCUCAGAGGGAGUCUCAGGUGAAGGUGAUGGAGGGCAGAUUGAAGCAGACUGAAAUUACCAGCGCCACACAGAACCAGCUGCUCUUUCACAUGCUGAAGGAGAAGGCAGAGUUUAACCCAGAGCUGGACGCGCUGCUGGGGAAUGCUUUGCAAGAGCUAGGUAACAUCCCGCCUGAAAACGGGGACGAUAGCAGCAGUGACGAAUCUGCCCAGAGCCCCUCUGCAGAGGGAAACACUCUGGCUACAGAUUUCAUGAAACUUUGUGGAGAGACCAAAACAAGGAAUAAGGCUCGCAGGAGGACGACCACUCAGAUGGAGUUGCUCUACGCUAACAGUGACUCUGCCCCUGAUGCACCUACUGUCGACUUUUCUAGUCCGAUGUUGCCGUUAGCUGAAACACCCGAUGCGGGCGGAGACAUGGACUUGUCAGGCUCAGUCAGGGACUACGCAGCUCUCUCCCCUGGCUUUUCCUCUAAAAUGGGCAGCAUUUCUGGCUCCAGAAAUCUGCCAGGCGUGGAAAAGCGAGCUCCUGAGCCUUCCCCGCUCUCGCGCAGGAAGACCUAUGACAAGGCACAAGCAGCGGCUGAAAGGGCAAAGGUCAAGGACAUUAAACAGGGCGUCAUUAACCCGGUCCCACCCACCAAGAGCAGCCGGUCGUCGACAUUACAGUGUGUUCAUGUGGCGGAGGGACACAGUAAAGCUGUUUUAUGUGUUGACUGCACUGACGACCUGCUGUUCACAGGAUCCAAAGACCGGACCUGUAAGGUGUGGAAUCUGGUGACGGGUCAGGAGAUAAUGUCUCUAGCGGGUCACCCCAACAAUGUUGUGUCAGUCCGUUAUAGCUCCAGUUUGGUCUUUACCGUCUCUACCUCCUACAUCAAAGUCUGGGACAUUCGGGACUCGGCCAAAUGCAUCCGCACACUAACGUCUUCUGGUCAAGUUAAUGUUGGGGAUGUCUGUGCGUCCAACACCAGCCGGACAGUCACCAUCCCUGCAGGAGAGAAUCAGAUCAACCAGAUUGCGCUCAACCCCAAUGGCACAGUCCUGUAUGCUGCUGCUGGAAACUCUGUCAGGGUCUGGGACCUGAGAAGGUUUGCCUCUACUGGAAAGCUUACUGGUCACCUUGGUCCAGUUAUGUGCUUGACUGUGGAUCAGUCUGGAAACAGCCAAGACCUGGUUAUCACUGGCUCCAAGGACCAUUACAUUAAGCUGUUUGACGUGACUGAAGGCUCUCUGGGAAGCAUCAGCCCUACACACAACUUUGAACCACCACAUUACGACGGUAUCGAGUCUCUGGUAAUCCAAGGGGACAUUUUCUUCAGCGGCUCCCGAGACAAUGGCAUCAAAAAGUGGGACCUAGACCGUAAAGACCUACUGCAGCAAGUCCCAAAUGCUCACCGUGACUGGGUUUGUGCACUUGGUGUCGUCCCCGGAUCACCAGCCUUGCUGAGUGGAUGCAGAGGCGGGGUGCUCAAGCUGUGGCACACAGACACUCUAGGGACACUGGGGGAGCUCAAGGGUCACGAGAGCCCCAUCAACAGCAUCUCUGCCAACAGCAGCCACCUGUUCACCGCCUCCGAUGAUCGGACUGUGAAGAUCUGGCGUGCACGUGGUGGACUGGAUGGCACCUUGGAAGUGGUUGACAGUGUAGACGAGGUUGCAAGUAACUGAACAUGGUACCACUUGCCUGGUUUGACUCUAGAAGGACGUAAAGGCACUCCUGCCCUGCACUUUGACCCCUUAACUAUCAAGCUUAAACGACGCACCUUCCAUAUCAUGUGACGUUCAUGACUGAGCCAACAGGAAACGGUAAUCUCAUCACAGUGGAAGCUAACGCAUUAGUUCUUUUCUUUGACUCUGUAUGCUUAGAGGAUUUUGCUAAUCAGGAUUUAGUUAACUGUAUUGUUAAUGACUUCUAUUUCUCUCUUCUUGCUCUUUAGACGGUUUGUCAUUAUUGUCAUCGUUAUAAGAACUUAUAUUCACAAGAUACUAUAGGAUGUGGUGAACACACAGUAGACACUAUCAGUGCAGCUCGGCUUACAUGCAGCACAGUGCAACGAUACAACACAGGCAACCCUGCCAAAAAAGGAAGUGGUGUUUUGUUGUCAGAGUACAGAAAUACAUACGUGCAGCAGAGCUAAUGGGUUGGUAGCUGGUCUUCACAACCCACUUCUCUACUUUGUUGAGAUUGUUUCUCUGCACUUGAAACAGAAGUGUUAUUCCAUCAGUCCUGUUUCCAAGAGCAAGAAAAGUGGCUGUGUGUGAGAAAGAAAUCAUUCUACCCCUUAACAUCCUGCUCUAGCUUCUGUGCUCCCUUCAGUUUCUGCAGCAGCUUUAGAUCAGUGACCAAAAAUGUGUAACGUGUUGUUAUUGCUGUCCUCAGCUGGACUUGUAAACAGAACACACUUUAGAGUAGCUAAAGUUUGACAUUUAGGGAAAUAAGCUCACUUGCUUUAUACACUGCAUGUCUUUUGAUUGUGGGAGGAAUCCAGAGUUCCUGGGUUUUCAGGUACAACCCAGAGCUUGAACGGCAGUUUAGUGAAGGAGUCUUCAGUGUCAAGUCAAGAAGCAUGAUCAUCAUUACCCUUCAGUCAUAAAAGGCGGAUGGGGUACUGUUGUCACCCUGUCAGAGGGGCACCAUGGACAGCCAUUAUAACUUCAGAACAAGAUGACAUAGGAUUUCAAAUUGAUACCAUACGUGUAGCUACUAAAAAUCUCAGAUGAGUUGAAAUCUAGUUGACAAGGAUUUUGAAAUUUAUACAAUAGGUGCAUCUACUGGACGUCUGUAGGGUAGUUUUAUUCUGCAUUCACUGGGCUGUGCGCGCCAAGAAUUCAUCUUCUGGGGGUCAGGCUGUACAUCCUGAAGGGUCUGAGGAACAAGACUGAGUAGAAACGAACCAAACUUAAAGAAUCUUUGCUCAACAACUCAACAACUCCCAUACUCACAAGGUUUCAAGCUUAUAAUGCUAAGAUUUUGACAUAGUGGAGGCAGUGCAUCACAGGUGUGCAAGUGGUCAGGAAAGGUUUUAUAAUAAUGACAGCCAUUUGAAGACCUAUGAGGGACAAUUGAGCAAAUACAGUAAAAAUCUUGAAUUUAUCUGGUAAGUGGUACAGUGGUUAACACAGGCCCCUCACAGGAAUCUGGAAGCUGACUGAGGCCUCUGUGUCCCUGUUCCUGUGUGGAUUGUUUCUGGGUUUCUGCACCCUCCCACAGCUUAAAGACAUGCACGAUGAAUGAAAUUGGGGAAUCUAAAUUUUCCAAAGGCAUAAAUGUGAGAAAAUUAAUUGAUGAAGAAUUUGCCUGGUGCCGUUUUUGUUUUUUAAUUGGUGGAACUUUAUCAUAGGAUCUCAUAUACCUUUAACCGCUGAGCACAUGUAAAAAAACCAAACAAAAAUCAACACAAUUAGUCUCUGAGAUUCACUUAAUCCUUAAAUGUGAGCAGGUUGAGCACCGAUGAAAGUCUGCACUUGUUGUCCAUGUUUCAUUGUGUGCACAAAUAUAUCUUCACUCUUCACACAUGCUGGUAACACUCACUAAACCUACACUGCUAAGUUGUGCUCUAAUUCCCAUGCUGCUAAGACACGUUCACCUUCCCAACCCUAUAAGAGGGCUUCUUGUCGUGGGCUCCAGGUGAGGUCCACUCAGUACCGUAGUUGUGUAUGUGUGUAUAUAAGUGUAACGCUAUCUCUUUGUUGUUGAGAGGAGAGGCCUUCUGACGCAACCAGUGUUAUUUUCCUGACUAUUGACUCAACAUCUGUUUCUGUUCUGAUCUUCGUGGGGCCUUCCUGGAGGCACUCGUGGUCUCUGCAGUUUAACUGACCUGCCUGUCAUGAUUGUGCUGUCAUUCUUGAAUGUUUGGUGAAACAGCAGCUGUAGGAAUUAUUCAACUACAUAUGAAAUGUAUGUAAACAAUGUCUGUUCAAAACAAAAAACUAAUCUGACUGAAUGUUAGUUUUGUGGGACCACCGAUCUGAACGUAGUCUCACACUAGAGCCCAGAGGACCGUGAAUGGCACAAAGACUGACGAGUGCAUCAGUAAUGCUUUGGACUGAGCUUAUCCUUCAUACAGGUGGCAGGUCACGUUUAGUGGCCUUUGGUUAGUUUCUUUUCUUUGUUUUGUUUGUUAUGCCCUUCUUCUCCCCUGUACCCAUUUUCGCACCCCCUCCUGUUUUAGGAGCCAUUCCCCAAUGGCGGACUCUGUAGCGAUUCUAAUGUCAGAUGCCUGGUCAGAAUAAAUGCCAUCUGUCAAAAACAA